ACGCAGAGAGCAGAUUCGAUUGGCACGUGGCGAGGGUGUUGUGAUUUCCGUGGCUGGUGACACGCGUCGUACCUCGCACAUUUGCGUUAGAUCAACGUGAAGAUAGAAAUGGAACUUGGGAUUGUGCAGUUGAAGUGUUAAGAUGAUACCAUUCGGUGUGGCUGCAGCUAUAGCAUAACUAAGGAGAACAAAUUGAAAGUGAAGGAAACCCUAGUUAGAAUCUAGAGUUGGUAGAAAAAGAGCAUGGGAUUUAGAUUCAGAAAUCUGAAUCCCGUAUAUAGAACAUGCAUCACAAGGCUUUCCCCAUCAAAAUUUGUUCCUCCUGUGUUGGAGCCACUCAAUUUGCAUCCACCAGAGUUUUGUUUCACUUCCUCUGAAAAUCCAGCAUUUAAAAUCCAUAGGAGAUGGCAUUUGGGUCAUUCUCAUCACGACGACUAUGAUCAUCACCACCAUCACCUCCCUCAGAAUCAGAAGGAGGGAGAGAACAUUUUCCGGCUGGGUCUCGCCGCCGACAUUGGUUUGGCUACCGGAAAAGCCUUCACCGGUUAUCUCUCUGGAAGCACUGCCAUUAUUGCCGAUGCUGCUCAUUCCAUAUCGGAUGUGGUUCUUAGUGGCAUAGCUUUGUUGUCUUUUAAAGUUGCCAAGGCGCCUAGAGAUAAAGAACACCCAUAUGGACAUGGUAAAUUUGAGACUCUGGGGGCUCUUGGAAUCUCUUGCAUGCUUUUGGCGACUGGGGGUGGCAUUGCAUGGCACGCAGUAGACCUUUUGAUGGGAUUGUUCUCAACUGGUCCUGAAAUGGUUGGCCAGGCAUUGGCACACGAGCAUGUGCAUAGUCAUGGACAUGGCGGGCAUCACCAUGGAAUUGACAUGGAUCAUCCCAUCCUUGCUUUGAAUAUGACUAUUGUGUCAAUAUGUGUUAAAGAAGGACUUUACUGGAUAACAAAACAAGCUGGUGAGAAGCAAGGUAGUGGACUAAUGAAAGCAAAUGCAUGGCAUCAUCGUGCAGAUGCAAUUUCAUCAGUAGUUGCUCUUGUUGGAGUUGGAGGGUCUAUUCUUGGGGUGAAAUUUCUAGAUCCGCUUGCUGGACUUCUAGUCUCAGUCAUGAUUUUAAAAGCUGGAGCUGAAACUGGUUACCAAAGUGUCUUGGAAUUGGUGGAUGCUGCGAUCCCAGCACAGCAUUUGGAUCCUAUUAAACAGACAAUAUUGCAAGUUGAUGGUGUUAAGGGGUGUCAUCGCUUAAGAGGAAGGAGAGCUGGUUCAUCUUUGUAUCUUGAUGUAAAUAUUGAGGUUGAUCCUUUUUCUAGUGUCAGUGCUGCACAUGACAUUGGUGAAAGUGUUCGUCAUCAAAUUCACAAGUCCCACCCUACGGUAGCUGAAAUUUUUAUACACAUAGAUCCUGCAAUGUCUCAUGUUUCUUCCAGCACAACAGAUCAGCAAGAUAGUUGGAGUGGAGAAAUGGACCAGAACAAUAUUGCUCCUGCUGGGGAUACUAACAUCGAAGGAAUUGUUUCUGAUAUCAUCUCAUCAAACUUUCCACAGAUGUCAGUUGAGCGCAUAACACGCCACAUGUUUCAAAGCAAGCUUGUUCUUCAAAUUGAGGUUUCCAUGCCACCUGAUAUACCAAUUCGACGUGCAAUGGAAAUAGCAGAGCAAGCAGAAAACGAGAUUUUGAAAGCUGUCUCGAAUAUAAUUCAUGUUGGCAUUCAGCUACGUUUGGGGCAACCAUUCCCACAGAUCAAUCAUAGUUAGAACCAUCCACGGGGAGUGGAAAACCGAUUUUUUUCACAAAUCCAUGCAUUCUUUCAGUGUGAUUUAAGUUAAAUUGAUUAUUACAAUAUCACUCUGCUGCAACUCGUAUCUAGUCUGAUACAACUCCAUAGCCAAUGACUUAAAAGGUUCGCAGGAGGCGGAAAGGUAAGGAGUCCUGAAUAAACAUAUUUGCGCCCAUUGGACGUUUCAUCCACUGCAGAGUUCCUUCAUAGACCUGUAAAAUUGCUGAAUAUGACUAAAUAAUGAACUUCAUGGAGUCAACAAAUUUUGACGACAGAUUUAUUUCUUUGUUAGUACCUUGUAAUUUCAAAGUUUCAUCAAAACCGAAAACAUUUUUCCCCCGCUU